AGUUCAACAGUUGAUCUCCCGGUACCCACCCGAACGCAACCUGUUGGAAUCCGUUGUUUCGUUUGGCGCAAACAUUUAUUCAAGGGCAACAUUUCUGAUAGAAUUGUAAUUUUUACUUUAUAUCACUACCGUCAGAGAAAAAAAAAUCGAAUUUUCACGGCGCCUCUUUUUGGCCGUCGGGGUGUGUCACAGUGUUUAAGUAUUUUUUACCAGAUAGAUUUGACGCCAGUGCCAGGAAAAACCAACAUCUGCUAGGGAAAUCACACACUGCACGAGAACGGGAAAAUCAAAACAAAGAAAGAAAAGCCAAAGGCAGAGACUAGAAAAGCACAUUGUUUGAAUAUCCGCGUGACCGACAAUUGCGCAUGGGCAAAAAUUCAAGCAUUUUGUGACCUGGAACAUCAGUCAUGAAGCAGCAGUGAAAUUGAUUUCUACGUCUCGAAAACAUUGGCAAUCAUCAUCAAAGUGACUCAAAUUAGAAGAUACGUACGUUUUGAUACCAAUACACGACAAUGUGCUGACCGAUAGGAACAAGCUUCCGAAACUCGAAAACAUAGCUCAAAAGAAGCAUUUCGCUUCGGUGUUGGAUCAGUUCAAAGAAAAAGGCUAUAGGUCUUCAGUGAUCUGUUUAAACGUACAACACCAAGGUGUAGGCCGUUGGCUCCGGUAUCUCCUCUAGAAGAGCUUGGGUAACAUAAUCUAGAAGGUAGUAAACAGACCGAGCAGGAAACGAUGGCCACACUGUUGCGGGCUUUUUCGAGCUUUUUCACCAAGCACCCCUUGGCGGGAAACAGUUUGGUCUACGGAAGCUUGUACGUGGGGGCAGAAUUUUCUCAGCAAACUAUUACGAGAAAAUUUUUGACAGAUCCCCCGCAAGAUAUCGACAAACCGACUCUGGGUCGAUAUGCAAUCAUGGGAACGUUGGUCUAUUCACCAAUUCUGUACAACUGGUACAAAUGGUUGGAUCGAACCUUCCCCGGAACUGCCAAACGAAUCGUGGUUAGAAAACUGUUGCUGGAUCAGUUCAUACUAACACCGCCAUUGCUGGUGCUCUUUUUUACGGGAAUGUCCCUAAUGGAACGACAAUCGAACGUACUGGAGGAGUGCAAACAAAAAUUCAUGCCAACCUUUGCCCGGUCCUGCCUCUUCUGGAUGCCGGCACAGACGCUCAACUUUCUGCUAGUGCCCCCGAAAUUCCGCGUCGUGUACGUCGGAUCCUGUGCCUUCGCCUGGGUCAACAUCCUGUGCUGGGUCAAGCGGCAGAAAAUGAUCGGCAAAUCAAACGCAUCCGAUGUGCAGUAGCAAUGAACAAAAAAAACACAAUUUGUAUUGCCAAGUGAAAGAUUUAAAACACAUUUUUGCCUUCUCAAUAUGAAAUGUUCGAGCCAUUUAUUAAAACUGUUUCAACGGCAGGAUAAUGUAAUGCGCGUAUUUUUCUUCCAGAAUAAAAUAUGGAAACUUUGUAACAUCAACAA